AUGUCUUCUGCUUUUGUGUUUGCACGGCGUUUGCGCAGUUGGGGUAGUUGGAGUUUAUGUAGUGUUGAGUGUGGAAAUGGCACCAGAACUCGGCAGAUUAGUCAAGCAGCUACAAUGAGUGGUCAGAAGUGUACAGGACCAUCGACUGAGAUCUGCAUAGUCACAUCUUGUAUGGCAACCAAUCUAGCUGCCUCCCUUGGAGCAACAGUGAUCAUGAGUUCAGUCUUUAGUAAUGACUUUCUUGCUGCAAAGGCUAUAGAUGGCAAUCCAAAAAAUAUUACUGGACAGACACUUGUUGGUAAGGAUUGUGCCGGUACAAUGAAGUCUAAAGAUCCUUGGCUUCGAGUUGACUUGCAAAAGGAGUAUCUUGUGUCACGUGUUAGAGCUAUCCCUAUAAGUGAUAGAGGUAAAAAUGUGUAUGUUCAUGUUGGUAACAGCUUAACAAAUUAUGGGAAUGACAACCACAAGUGUGGAAAAGCUCCAUAUGACAGCUCUACUCACAAUGAUGCAAUAUGGCGAGAUGUUAGUUGCAGCCCACCAGUUUGGGGAAGUUACAUUAAUUUACAGAGAAUAGUGGAAAAUCACAUUCUUCAUGUAUGUGAGGUUGCUUUCAACUAUGAGUUGGAGAUUGCUAUUCUAGGCAAUAAUAUGAAUAUUGAAGGAACAAGUGUGGCAGUUGAUGAUAAUCAAGAUUACUCUAAUCCUAUCGAUUGUGGUGUCAGUCCUGAUGUGACCAACUUUAAUGCUCUCUUGCAAUGGAAACACAACACAACCAAUGAUGUACCAUCUUCAAGUCUACAGACUACUGGUGUAUAUCAGGUGUAUGAGAAUGGUGUGCAGCGGCUCUACAUGAAGUCAGUUAGUGCUUCUGACAGUGGAGUGUAUACAUGUCAAUAUACUGCAACUAAUGGCUCUAUAGUGGCAAAGUCAUUUACACUGAAUGUGAUUGCUUGUGAUCAUUACAAGAGCACGAGAAAGUUAGCACACUUUUCUUCCCAGAGUUUUACUCACUAG